UAUUUCUGGCCAUAGGAUCGUACAGUUCGUGUGAUUAUAAACCCGCGGUUGCUUACGGCAUGGCGUUAGCCAAGUCGUGUGUCAUCGUGCGUUGCAGAUGAAAAGCGUUCAAUAUUUAUAACGCUUUUAUUUUACAUGUUGUAUAUUAAUAAAAAAAUUUUUGUACAAAUUUUAACGACAGAUAAUUGAAGAUGAACAAGCGUCGUAGGACAUCUUCAGUUGCAAGUCGUGGUACAGAAGAUGACGGUGAUGAUAUACCACCUGAACCAACAAAAAGGAGAAAAAAAUUAGAUCCUAGUGACCUGUGCCAACAAUUGUACGAUGUACUACGUAAUCAAAAAAAAGAAGACGGAACAUUAUUAUGUGAUGCAUUUAUACGUGUGCCUAAACGCAGACAAGAACCAGGUUAUUAUGAAGUUGUAACAAAUCCUAUAGACCUAUUAAAGGUUCAACAAAAACUAAAAACCGACGAGUAUAGAGAUAUGGAUGAUUUAGCAGCUGAUAUUCAACUUAUGGUUAAUAAUGCAAAAGCUUUUUAUAUGCGUACAUCUCCUGAAUAUAAAGAUGCUACAGAACUUUGGGAAUUAUGUAUAAAUACAAAAAAUAGAAUUACAGAAGAAUAUGAGGAUCCAGAACCUAAAGGAAAACUUAUAUUAAAAGUUGCCAGAUUGGCUCGAAAAGUUACAACAAAACAAGAUGAUGCAGAAGAUACAUCUGAAAGUUCUACAAAUCCUGAUGAAGAGACAAUACAACUAUUUGAAGAUUUAUUCGCGGCUGUUAUGACAGCAACAGAUCCAGCUGAUAAUAAUAGACCAUUACAUACAAUGUUUCAACUUAAACCAUCUAAAAAAUUGUACCCGGAGUAUUAUGAUGUAAUAGAAACACCAGUGGAUUUAAAAACAGUUGCAAGGAAAAUUCAAGAGGGAGCGUACAGCAGUAUUGCAGACAUGGAAAAAGAUUUAAUGCUAAUGUGUCGUAAUGCUUGUCAGUUUAAUGAACCUGGUUCUCAAAUUUACAAAGAUGCUAAACUUUUAAAAAAGAUUAUUACUGCAGCAGCGAGAAAACAAGAUAUCGGAUUAAGUAGCAGUGUUCCAAAAAUUGCAACAACUGCUCCAUCUACACGAAGUAAAAGAGGCAGCCGCACUAUGGCUCAGUCUUUGAUAGCUCAAACUGCAACAUUACCGGAUGAAGAUGAGGAAAGUGACGAUGAAGAAGAAGAAUCUGCAGAAACUGAAGAAGCUGACAAUCCGCAGUGGCAGCUAUUUCAAACAAUUCGAACAGCGCCAAACAACCAAGGAGUUAGGAUGAGUGAAUAUUUCUGGAAACUCCCAUCAAAAAGACUAUAUCCUGACUAUUAUAAAAUGAUUAAAAAUCCUAUUUCUUUGUUGCAAAUUCGUACAAAAAUAAAGAAAGGUGAAUAUGGUACAGUUAGCGAAGUAGCUGGGGAUAUGAAUAUUAUGUUUGAGAAUGCAAAAAAAUAUAACAUUCACACAUCUAGAUUAUAUAAGUCUGCUGUAAAAUUGCAAAAAAUAAUGCAGGAGAAAGUACAAGAACUCUUAGAAUUUGAUCAGGAUUCAGAUUCUGAUAGUGAAUUUGAAAAUAGUUCUCAUCAACCAAAACUUAUUAAACGUGCUUCAAAUCUGUUAACCCGUGGAAAAUAUAAAGACAAUAUACCUUUGAAAAAAAGAUUGUAUGCACUAGUUAAAUGUGUGAUAGAAUACGUUUGUGAAGAUGGUCGACAACUGAUGUUAAUGUUCAUGGAAAAACCUUCUAAAAAAUUAUAUCCCGAUUAUUAUCAAGUAAUAGCAGAACCCAUUGAUAUGUUAGCUAUUGAGGCCAACAUUAAAGCAGAAAAAUAUCAAAAUGAAAAUGAAUUAAUACAAGAUUUUAAGUUAAUGUUCAACAAUUGCCGUCAGUACAAUGAAGAAGGUUCUCUAAUAUAUGAAGAUGCAAAUACUUUAGAAAAAGUUCUGAUGGAUAAAGUAAAAGAAUUAGGUCCAUUACCAGAAACACCUAAACCUAUAAAACCAAGUGCAUCCACGCCAACUAGAAAUGUUGGGAGACCGAAAAAGGUUAUACCACUACACUUACAAAAGUUAAAAACUAUGUAUGACACUAUAAAAGAUUAUCACGAUGCUAAAGGAAGACAGUUAUCUUUAAUUUUUAUGAAAUUACCAAAUAAAAAUGAGUAUCCUGAUUACUAUGAAGUUAUCAAACAACCAAUGAACAUGGAAAAAAUAGCUUCUACGUUGAAGAAUAAUGGGUAUGAAAAUUUAGAUGAACUCGUGUCAGAUUUUAUAUUAAUGUUUGACAAUGCCUGCAAAUAUAAUGAGCCUGAUUCACAAAUAUACAAGGAUGCACUAAUUUUACAACGAUUAGUUCUACAAACAAAGUUACAAUUAAGCGAAGAUGAAGAAAGUGUGCCAGAUGUAUCAGCUGCUGUUCAAGAAAUAUUGGCAACCAUUUUUACUGCUCUUUAUAAUCACCAAGACGAAGAAGGAAGAUGUUAUUCAGACUCCAUGGCAGAACUUCCUGAGCAUGAUAUUGUAGAUGGAAAAAAAGUACGAGGGUUAUCAUUGGACCUAAUUAAAAGAAGGUUAGAUCGUGGAGUUUACAAACGAUUGGACAGAUUCCAAGAAGAUGUGUUCACAUGUUUAGAAAGAGCUAGGAGACUAUCACGUACAGACUCUCAACCUUUUGAAGACAGUGUAGAGUUACAAGCAUUUUUCUUGCGAACUCGUGAUGAAGUAACUCGUGGUGGAGAUUUAUUACAUUCACCAGCACUUAAUUAUACACUACUUGAUCUUUCUGCUCAAGUCGCAGAACUAAAACGCGUGAAACAACAACAAGAAUUAACAUUGCCUAACGAAGAAGAAAGUUGUGAUGGAAACGAAACAAAAGAUUCUGAAACAAAUACUAAUACAGAAGGAACUAAUAGUGACAAUGGUGGUUCAAUGAGUUUUAAUCAAGAAGUUUAUAGGGCUGGAGAUUUUGCAUACAUAGAGCCUACAGAACGUGGCAUGGAGUAUAGUGUAGUUCUUAUAGAACGUUUAUGGACAAAUGCAGAAGGACAACAAAUGUUAUAUGGCAAUUUAUUUUAUAGGCCAAGUGAAACUUACCACGUAGCUUCUAGGAAAUUUCUUGAUAAAGAAUUGUUCAAAAGUGAUGCUCAUGUAGCAGUACCUUUAGCAAAGGUAGCUGGCAGGUGUUGUGUUCUAAGUGUUAAAGAUUAUUUUAGAAUGCAACCAGAAGGUUUCUUAGAAAAAGAUGUAUAUGUAUGUGAAUCGCGGUAUUCCACAAAAGCACGGGCUUUUAAAAAAAUCAAAGUUUGGAAUUUUGAUCCGGAUCAUUUAAAACUUGUGUCAAGAGACAAACCGUUAGAACCAAAACGAGUAAUAUCAGUGUAUAAGGAAAGACUAGAAAAACAUAAAGAAGAAAUUGCAGAGUUAGAAGAAGGAGAAAAAUUAACUGAAAAGGAACGACCUAAUGUAAUAUUAUAUAAUUCAGAGGAUCCAGAAAAUACUUACUACGAACAAUAUAAUACAUGUGCGGGUUCUGUAAAAACAGGAGAUUUUGUUUAUGUAGCAACAGAUGGAGGUAGACAACAAAUUGCACAAAUUGAUGCUAUAUGGUCGACCAAAGAUGGAAAAUGUUAUUUUAAAGGCCCAUGGUUAUUAAUGCCCACAGAAGUGCCACAUACGCCUACAAAAUUAUUUUACAAACAAGAACUUUUCUUGUCUACUGUCGAUGGUACCCACCCUAUUGUAGCUAUUGUCGGAAAAUGCGCAGUCCUCGAUUACGGAGAGUAUAUUUGCAGUCGACCGACAGAAAUUCCAGAAGAUGAUGUAUAUAUCUGUGAAUCGUUAUACGAUGAAAGUAAAAGCCUCAUGAAGAAACUGGGACAAGAGGGUUUGAAAAAAUUCAACCAUAACUCAACAGUAACAGAAGAUGAAAUAUACUUCUUCCGAAGGCCUAUCAACCCUGCUAAAGUUCCGGGCGAUGUGGCUCAAACGCAAAACCAAGUCAAGUCUGUUACUCCUAGUUCAACUCAAUUUGAAAUGGAAGCAUCACCAUUGUUACCGAAGCUGGAACCCGAUGUACUAGGCAUGGGAGUAGGAUUAGGCGUGGGAGUGGGAGUAGGAGUAGGAGUUGGGGAGGACAGCAUGGACGCUGGUGGUCCACCGUCCGUUGGAUCCGCAGAAGCUCAACCGGUGCUCUCCAAUACACAAACACCUGUGUCGACUAAGAAGAAAACGGCGGGUAAGAAAUUAGUUACGGGCUAUAUUUUGUAUUCGAGUAAAAUGCGAACGCAGAUUACACAAAACAAUCCCGAAUCAUCCUUUGGGGAGAUUAGCAGAAUUGUUGGCAACGAGUGGAGGAAGUUACCAGCUGGAGAGAAACAAGCAUGGGAAGAAAGAGCAAUUAAAAUGAACGAAGAUGGUGGACAACUUAAAGUAGGCACUAGUGUUUCAGUAGGCACUAAUUCCUUGCAAGAUGUUGUAUACGAAUGCUGUUGGGAUAACUGUGACUGGCAAUUUGAAGAUAUGACUGAUUGUAUCGACCAUUGUAUUGCUGAACAAAACGGACAUGUACAAUCGUCUUUCGUUAACGCUGCUAGUGAUGUAGAAUUUCAAUGUCAAUGGCGUGGCUGUGGCCGUACGAAAAAAUCUGUACCUCCAUUUCCAAGUGUGCAAAGACUCGCGAGGCACGUUAAGGAAGUACAUAUCCUUAAGUCAAAUGGACGUAUAAUACCUCCUUCGGAAAGAAGCAAAAAUUAUAUGGCAUCGAAAGGUCCAACGAUAUUACCGCCAAUGGAAACUGAAACAUCGGCAGCUGCAACGCAAACGAGCAAUAUACCUGCAGCUAAACAACCAGAACCAAUGUUUGUUGCUGUUCCUCCAAGGCCAAGUCGUGUAUUACAUUCAGACGCCUAUUUACGGUAUAUCGAAGCAUUAAACGUAGAAAAUCGGUACAUAUCAAAUUGGGAUAAACAGAUGAAUGCUAAUCCAGAAAAUACACAAAUUCCUGAUGUAACAAAAUUACCAGCCGAAUGGCUGGGCAACGGUGUACAACCAUGGGAAUGUGGUAAACGCUUUAUGGACACUAAGGAACAUGAUGAUGCGAGAUGUGUUAGCCAUCAAUAAAACUUUAUAGUUUAUAACUCGUUAAGAUCUAUAAUCUUUAAUAUUCGAUGCUACCUUAAACUACAAUUUUCAGGUCCGUCGAUGCUAGAUGAAAGACUGAAGAUUAUUAUUUCAAUUUCAGUAUAUUUAUAUUUUUAGAUUAUUUUUCAUUUAUUUUAUAAUUCGCAUUAGCAUUUUCAAAUUUAACUUAAACGUAGCGCAUUCUCUUAGUCAUUUUUCAGUUGUAAUAAAAGAAAAACUAGGGAAGUUAAUUUAAGAUUAACAAAAUGUUCAGAUCUACGAAACAUUUUCAAAAAAAUAUUGAGUUUAACGAGGACAUUAUUAUUUCUUAUAAGUUACACAAGUUUCACCAAGUGAAAAUGCUAUGAGCAUUAAUCUCAAUAUAUUGACUAUGGAUCUGUUAGGAGUAGAACGGAAACAUUAAAAUUAAGAACCGCCAUUUUGUACAUACUUCGCUAUUUUUAAUUUCAACUUUUCAUAACAAAAUUUUGUAUUUUGUGUAUUGCGUAUUAUAAAAGUGUGAUUUGAUAAUUCCUGUAUUCAUACUAUAAUAUAGAUCUGUAAUGUAAAUAUAAAACGAUUCACUUUAGAAAAAUAAUCUUAAUUAGACAACAAGAUUGUGAAUAUUAAUUCCAUGUCAUGCAACAUUUUUAAUGUAAUAAUAUUUUUAUUUACUUUUUUAUAGAACUUUUACAUAGGAACAAAGAAAUUGAUAAUCAGUAUUGAAAAAUUUCUUUAUCACGCUGUUUUAAAUAUUUUUAAUCAACAGUACUACUAAAUUGUACAUAAAAAGAUAUGAAAAUAACUUUUUACAGUGUAAAAUUAUGUUGGAAUACCUUUUGACACAUGGCAAUUUGAGAUGUAAUGUUUACUAUCGAAAGUAUGGUAAAUUAAUAGGGAUAACUUAAUAACAUGUUUGUACGGGAAUAAAUUCAUUAUUUAAGUAAUGGAAUCAAUUAAAUUAUUGCAUUUAUUUACGGAUUUAUGUAUAGAUUUAAUUAAUUUUUGUGCAAUUAAAAAAAACAUUUAUUUAUUUUUUCGCUUUUUACAAAACAUCAGGCAACAUGUAAGAAUUAAUUGAAUGUACCUUUGAAUGUGGAUUUUGUGCAUAUGUGUAUUAGAUUAGAAAUUUAGUUUAUUGCGUUUGAUAUGAUUGUUAGGUACAAAUAUAUGAUACAUUAUAUCAAAUUUCUGGAUGAAUGAUAUUUUUGUUUAUAUAGAGAAUUACUUGUAUUACAUUUAUCAGGUUCAUUGAUGAACAGUUAAACAAGUAUUUGUUUAUGUAAAUUUAAAUAUUGUUUGCUAGAAAAAUUUUCCCAAUUUUAUAUCAAAUUCAUGUUCAUAUGGACAUCAGUUUUUUGUCAGUAUUAACAUUUUUAUUCU